CCUCCAAUGUAACGUCACAGCGUCCCGUGCGCGUGGGUGUGUCCGUGGAAUCUGAGGAGAAAGAUGGCUGCGGGACGAAGGGAGAGGUUGACAAAUCUCAGAUUCACUGUUUGAGGAUAGACAGGUUACGGCAGAAGACGAAACGGAAAACAGCACUCGCUCGUGUGUGUGUGGAGGAGUCUAUGCAUCGGUAUGGAGUAUAGUGCCGAUAGCAAACUGGAUGACAGGGAGCGCAGACAAGCCGCACAUGCUCACACACUGAUCACUGGUGUACAGUGACUGUUGCUGCAGACAUCAGCAGGAUUCCAUCCUCUCUAUGCUUUUACCUCUUUAUUUCAUAAAGCUGGACUCUUCAUUUCUUGAUUUUUGGACACCUUUUGUGAGUUACCUUACCCCCCCUCCCCCCUUUUUCCCUUUUCUCUCCCUCUCUACACUACUCCCUCUCUCCCCCUUUAUUCUUUCCCUGUUGACCUCUUUAUUGAAUUUGGAUCAGCCUGUGAGCUAAGAUGAGUUGGUUGAGUCGUUUAAAUCCAAGGGGUCCAGGCACUCGGACCGGUCGACAUGCAGCCCCAUCCAGCCCAUGCACUGCCGACCCCGAGACCUGUCUUAUGGUGUUUGAGAACCACUGGAGACAGGUGUCAGGUGUGUUGAAACAGAGAGAGUCUUCAGUGGGUGGUUGUGCCGAUGAUCUCACAGCAGUUCGCAAUCACACAGAUCAGAUGCUGUGCCUGCUAGCUGAAGAGAGACCAGCAGGGGGAGACAUUGAAUCACCAGCAAUGGGUCCUAUUCUGGAGAUGGUGGUGGCGGAGAACAUUCUGGAAGAGUUGGUACAGUGGCAUGUGCACCAUGGUCUAGAUCCGGACAGCCAGCUAGAGCUGUUGAAACUGUUUGAGAUGCUAAUCGGACAGUCACAUCAGCCACUGCUCCUGCACAGUGCAGUGCUGCAGCCGCUGCUAAGCCUGCUGGGAGCAUGUGUGGAUCCCCAGCUGGGCUGCCCUCCUGCCCUAGAGUCCAGCCUCGUACUGCUGCUAAAUCAGGUAUGUGUGUCCAUGGCGAAAGAAACUGCCGUUUUGGAGUUGUUAUUUAGGUGUGGGCCGGUACAGCAGGGUCCCACUAACCUGCUGAUCUUCUCCCUGUUGGUGCCAUUUAUCCACCGAGACGGCGCUCUGGGGCAGCAGGCCCGUGACGCGCUGCUCCUCGUCAUGGCAACCUCUGCCAGCAACCACGCUGUUGCACGCUACAUUGCUGAGAACUCCUACUUCUGCCCAGUGCUAGCGACAGGGCUGAGUGGACUAUAUUCAUCCCUGCCACGGAAGAUUGAGGUACGGGGCGACGACUGGCAUGCACUGCGGAGGGAGGACUGGAUGGGCGUCUCCUCUCUAGUGCUGUUCAUGAACAGUCUUGAAUUCUGCAAUGCUGUAGUACAGGUGGCACACCCUCUUGUGCGCUGCCAACUCCUUGACUACCUCCACAACGGCUUCCUGGUGCCAGUCAUGGGCCCUGCUCUGCACAAGUCGUCGGUGGAUGAGAUGAUAGCAAGCACGGCAUAUCUGGACUUGUUUUUACGCAGUAUCACAGAAACUUCCCUCCUUAAGACCUUUCUGCGCUUCAUUCUGUUGCAUCGCCAUGACAACGACACCAUCCUUGAUACACUACUCACACGCAUCAGCAGCAAUUCACGGCUGUGCAUGGUCUCUCUGAGUCUGUUCAAGACUUUGCUCAGUCUCAACUGUGAAGACCUCAUGCUCCAGCUUGUUCUCAGGUAUCUGUUGCCAUGCACACAUGUAAUGCUGAGUCAGCGGAGGGCAGUCAGAGAAACAGACCUCUAUGGCAAAUCAGCUGACAAGUUCCUUUCCCUCAUACCAGAAUGCUGCAGAAUCACUUCAGCACCCUCUAGUGAGCGGGAUGAUGAACCUGCUUUUUGGGGAAAGGUGUUGGGUAGUCCUACUUCAGAGUCACCAGUUCACCCCAGACCCAGCACUCCUUCCCGCCUUGCUCUCUUUAUUCGACAGCAAAGCUCAGGAGGCCAAGCCAACUCAUCUGGCUCGGAAAAUGCUCCCUCUUCUCCUCGUGGUAGUGUUUCUUCCCCUCUUUCUUCUGACAGCCCCAUGCACCAACUUCCUGAUGCUUCAGAAGGAGAGACUGGCUACCUAGAGUAUCUACGUGACGCUCGGAAGGGUAUUGAGCUCUGCUCCUGGGCCUGUCGAGACUGGUCGGCACCUUACGAUGGAGAAAAUCCCUCUCCAAACUCUGUUCCUCCUCCACCUCCCCCUCCUACAUCCAACCCCUCCCUCAGUGUGGUACCAGAGCAUUUCUCUGUAAUGGACACCGCUCAGCAGAGGGCAGCAGUGGUGGCUGCAGCUCGUGCCGAGUGGAGCAGUUCAGAUCGAGAUAGUGGAGAGUGGGAUGUUACCAUCAGCAAGAACUGUAUCAGUCUCACACCCCGCAGUAAGAAACGCAGCCUUCUUCCCAGCUCUUUACCCCUACAAUCUUCAUCUUCUGCAUCAGUCUCUACGGAAAUAACAGGUGCUGUGGAAACCGUGUCCCAGCACUCUCAUUCGGCACCUCAUCCAGCACUCUUCAAUGGGAUGGGGCAGGUGGAGUUCACAGACAGUGUGGAUGAGAGAAUGGAGGUUAAGAAAGUGAAGAGGGAGUCGGAUGUAAAUAGCACCGUGGUUGAGUCGGGGAUGAAUGGGUCGAUGGGUAUGGGCCCAGUCGACUACAAUGAUUUCCAUGUAGGAUCGGCGCUGAAAUCAUCUCAGGUGCAGUUGAAGCCACAUCUGCAACAUCAAACCUCCGUGCCCUCCUCUGCCCAAGAGUGUCUGCAAAGCGAGGGCCAGAGAUUGUCUCCUGUUCUUGGCUUGACAGAGACCUCCACAGUGGCCCGGGACAGCAGGGGUCCGGAGUCCGUUGAGCGUCUGAUUGAGGAGUUGCUGGAGCGGGCGCCGUCAGAGCCAUUGUCUGGUGACUCGAAAUGCCAGGGAAUCAGCAUUGAGGCUUUCCACCAGGAGCUGAGGGAGCUGGAGGAACGUGUAAGAGAGAGGAGGGUUCUUUCACGCAGCUCGGAGGAGUCCUCUCGGGAUUCCCGUGCUGCUCCUGCUCCCAGCCUGACAGAUGAGGACUGUCCAGUGGAGACUGAGCAGCGCUCCAGUGAAACGAAGCCUGACAGCUCUACCACUGGGGUAUUUAGCCCCGCACGACCCCUUGGACAACCUCUCGCUCAACCGUACACAGGUCCAUUUAUAACAGUCCUGUUCAGUAAACUGGAGAGUAUGAUGCAGAACUCCCUAUAUGUGAACAUUUUGCUGACGGGCGUUGUGUUCCAGCUGGCCUGUUACCCUCAGCCACUCCUACGCUCUUUCCUCCUCAACGCCAACAUGGUGUUUCAGCCCAGCAUUAAAUCACUCAUACAGGUGCUGGGAUCAGUAAAAAAUCGCAUAGAGGCAUUUGCAGCAACACACGAGGAUUUCCCUGCCAUGUUAAGAAAGGCUCGCCGCUUUCUGGUUGCGAGAGGAAAGUUAGACUGGUCCGACUCACCCAUGGGAGUGCCCAGCCUCCGUCGGUCAGACUCAUUAAUUAAAAGCCGCAAGCCAUCUUUGGGCGAUCUUAUCUUGAGGCACACCAACAGUCCUACGAGAGCUCGACAUGCAGCUCAGUUGGCCUUGGCCCACGUAAGAGAUGGAGGGCAGUCCCUGCACAGUGCUUUGUUCCGGGGUGGUGUGGCCGGUGGGACCUCUGGCCUGGAGAAGCAGGCAGAGGCACUAAGGGUGAAAAAUGCAGUCUACUGUGCUGUCAUUUUCUCUGAGUUUCUCAAAGAGCUCGCAGCUCUUACACAGGAGCAUGCCGUAGCCCUACCCUUCCCACCCAGUCAAGGCACUGAGGAAUAACACCAGGACAAAAUUUGUUUCCAAAUUUCCACUGUUCCUGGCACUGAUCUGUAGACUAAUAUAUCCCUGAGAUUUUUCAAGCAAACACAGUCUUUUUUUCAAGGGACAUGAUGCACUCAAAGAGACAGGAAAAUCAAUUGCUCAUAAAGGUGAUGAGAGGUCAUCUCUUGUUAAUAAUCUCAUGUUCAUAAUGUAUUUUUUUUUUUUUUUAAUUGUACAGGACCAUUUAUCCAUUAAGCUUUAGGAAAUUGUGCAUAUAAAUCUUGUAUAUAGUCUAUAUAAAAUAUCUAUGUGCAUAAUGAUUUUUGUACACUCAGAGAGACUUGCAUCCUUUAAGCUGGAGGAAUUUGGCCGUAAACUUGCACUCCCUACAUUUCUGUCACUUCAGAGACUAGCUAAUGUAGACUCACUACACACGGUUCUUUUAAACUUUUAUGGGUGCAGAAGUGCCAUUUACAUUUUAGCAAUGUUGAAUGGUUAUUUUGUCUUUUAUAGAGUAUAGGUCUGUAAGAUCACACCAGAAUAUAUCAGAAAUAAUCAUCUGGCCUUUUUUAAAGUAUGAGGCAACAAGUCCUCCGUAUUGCAACAGAAAUUGCCUCAUUGUGGAUACAUCUCUGAAAAAAAUCAACAAUUGACAAAAUACCCAACAUGCUCUGCCAAUCUCUAGCACACAUCUUUUUUUAGUCCAGCAGCUAGAGUGACGUUAGAGCUUGUAAAUAGGGGAGAGGGUUCAUUUCCCUAUCCUCUGUCCCUAUAAAAUUUAGCAUUGAUGGACAGUUUGUCUUUUAAAAUUUUAGUUUUCAUUCUUUGUGCAGCAGCUCAUAUUUUAGGACAGAUUUUAGGGUGAGUUUCUGGCUGUUUUUGGGAAAUGCAUAUGGUACAUUCACCCAGCAUGACAUUACAUAUCAUCUUCAGUUUCUGGAAAGACACUGAUUUUUCUACCCACAAAGAUCUCCUCCUAUACUGGAUGUUAGCAUCCAUUUUGGCGUCUGACUAGGUGCUAAUGUCUUAAUUUUUGACUGGUAUGAGCAAAGAGAAGCUUGCUUAAUAAUUACCUGUCCCUUUAAGGAGUGAGCCAAGUUAUGUGAAUCAUAAGCCAUCUUAGUGUUGAAACAAAGUGUUUUUUUCUUUUCUUUCUGUUCAUUACUUGAUUUUGCUAGUGUUAUGGAGUAUGAGAGAAAUCAGCCGUAAAGUGUGCAUACUGCAUAGUGGGAAAAACUGCCACAAGACGUUUAACUUUGAUCUGUUUAUUGCCAAAAUACUUCAGACACUUUAAUUUUUAGAAUGGAAGUUAAGGACAUGCAUGCGUGUUUGUUUUUAACAGUAUGUGUGUGUUGUUUUUUUGUUUGUUUUUUUACACGGUAUCGUUUUUGCCCCUUGUUCCAAAUGUCUUAGAAAAAGUGUGUUAGAGAGAAAAAUGCUGAUCUGAAAUCAUCCAUUCUAGAGCUCUUUUAUCAUGUACAAGCCAUAUGCACAUUACCUCAGAUAGGCUACUUAAUUUUCGUUCCAUGCGGUAUUCUUGCUGCUUCACUUGUGUUAGUUUCAAUUAUUCUGUUCAAUUAAAUAUCAUUUAAAGCAUAUUUUCAAUCAGUUUAUAGAUGUAGAAGCAAACAAUUUAAAGGGUUAGUUCAUCCAAAAAUGAAAAUUCUGUCAUUAAUUACUCACCCUCAUGUCAUUCCACACCCGUAAGACUUUCGUUCAUCUUCGGAACACAAAUUAAGAUAUUUUUGAUGAAAUCUGAGAGGUAUAUGACUCGUCCAUAGACAGCAAUAUAAUUUACACUUUAUAAAAAACACUUUCAAGGUCCAGAAAGGUACUUAAGACACCAUUAAAACAGUCGACGUGCCUGCAGUGGUUCAACCUUAAUUUUAUGAAGUGACGAGAAUACUUUUUGUGCACAAAAACAAAAAACAAUAACGACUUUAUUCAACAAUAUCUUCUCUUCUGUGUCAUUCUCAUAUGUCUAGCACUUCCAGGUUCUACAUCAGAACUCUGACUCAUUAUUGGCCGGCUCCUGCGUCAGCAUCACACGCAUGCAUCGUGCUGCUCACGUGAUCAACGUUGGCCAAUACUGAGCCGGCAUUCAGACGUAAACACGGAAGCGGAAGAGAUUGUUGAAUAAAGUUGUUAUUUUUGUUUUGUUUUGUUUUGUCGCUUCAUAACAUUAAGGUUGAACCACUGCAGUCACAUCAACUGUUUUAACGAUGUCUUUAGUACCUUUCUAAACCUUGAAAGUGGUGAUUAUAUUGCUGUCUAUGGAUGAGUCAUAUACCUCUCGGAUUUCAUCAAAAAUAUCUUAAUUUGUGUUCCGAAGAUGAACAAAGCGCUUACGGGUGUGGAACAACAUGAGGGUGAGUAAUUAGUGACAGAAAUUUCAUUUUUUGGGUGAACUAACCCUUUAAGUCAAACUUUUUUCUGGUUACCUCUAGCUGCUGAAUUGUCAAUCCAUCCAUUAUUUUUCCCCCUUAUCCCUCCACCCGUCCACAGAAGGUCUUUGUGGGACAUUAGUGUGAUGGUUCUCUGCUUUUGUUGAUAUCUGAAAUGUUUAGCAUGUAAAUUCCAUAUUUAAGGAUAAUGUUAGGCAGAGUUAUUGUCAAGAAUACAGCACAAAAAUAAUUUGUGCUCACAUCCCUGAAACACUCUAAUGUCUGUGUGGGUGAGAAAGAAGAAGAAGGAAGAUAAAGAGCAAGAGGUUGAAGGAUAAAACGGUACAUAUAUGUUAGUGUUCAGUUAUCUCUAUGGAGACAGUGGAUAUUACACACAGUUUCUAAGUUAGAAAUCAAAUAGGCCUAUACAAGUUAUGUGUGUGUCAUAAGAUACCAAUGCACAAGAAACGCCCAUUGUUUUGAGGAUGUAAUUAUAUGCCUGAUGUGGUGCAGAUAGCAUGUUUUUCUUUUUAUACAUACUUAUAUACAAGUGUUUAUGAUUUUGAAUUUUUGAAAAAUCAGGAGCUCAAUGAUUGUGGUAGCUUGUUAUUGGAAAGUGUUUGUUUGAUGAAUAUACAUUGCACAAUUUUUAAGUUGAUUUUUUUUUUUUUUUUUUUGUGUGUAAUUGAUUUCCUCUUUAUUUUACUCUGUCCAUUUGUUUGAAUGAAGCGCUGAUGUUGACAAGGACUUCUGCGGCUUGUUAUCUAUGCAAACUGGUUUCUGUGUUUCUGAGUAAGUGAAGAUGGUUAAACUUUUGGGGACAAACACAAACUAAAUUUGCAAUCUGGAACCCCACUUCAAUCAUUUACUUAUCCCUUAUCUAUUCAAUAAUCUACUGGACUGUAUGGAAACUCAUGCAAAAUAAUGAAUGUUGUCAAAAUAUUUUUCUAUAUUUAAAAUGGAGGAGGAAAGUGGAACUGAAUGGAGAUUUAAAUCAACGAUACAAACCUUCAAAGACCACCAAACACUAAAAGGGAAUGUUUUUAUUAAUUUAUAAAUGUUUUACCUGGCAAUA